GGUUGUAACCACAAACUCACUUAGCUGUGGUCCAUUCCGUGUUUGUUACGAUUUCUUUCAAAACCGCGAUCGUCGCUAUCACUAUCUCGUAGGUGCCUUUGAUAUCGCUAAAAUAACGUCAGUUAUUAAAAUUUGGGAGGGAAAAUUAUUCAUAAGCCAGGCUCGCGUGCGAAAAAAGGGUGUUUUUAGGUUUUGUUUACAUGCUACGAACUCACCCAUAAUUUAUGCUCCUAGCGAGUUUCACAACGCUCUCGUGAACCUUAUCCUCGGACAAGAUCAUCUUUACCGCAUCAAGUUCCGGAUAUUCUUCCUGGUUCCGAGUAUUGUAUAUAAAAUUUGUUUCAAUCUGUUCGGAAACAGAGAGAAAGACUUCGGAACUGAUGGCUGAUGACACUCGCGUUUCAGGUUAGGUUAGUUAUGGUAGUGUGUAUAUAUAUAUAUAUAUAUAUAUAUAUGCCAUAUGUGCGUGGACUGUUGCUGAAUUUUUCACGUGUUUGUUGUGCUCCGAAAUUGCAGACGAUUAAAAAUUCGAAAAUAGAAGUCUAGAUAAGAGUUUGUUGGAUUUUUGAAGACAUGGCUAAAAUUGAGGAUGUCUCAGCGGAUCAACUGUUGGCUGGGUCAAGUAUCUUAUCCAGACCCGCAGAAGAAUUCGAAAAUGAUCAAACUAUUGAAGCUAUGUGGGCCAUGAAGGCAUUUGAACAUGCUGAAGUGUACUUCAAUAUUUUGUGUUCAGUCGACCCCAAACUCUUAAAGCUCACACCUCACGACGAUCAGAUUUAUCAGACCUUCAGAGAAUUCUUUAAAGACCUUAAAGUCGACGUGAUAAACGAAGACGAACUUAAGUCAGAAGCAGGCAAAGCCAGGUGGCGACCUUUCUGCGAGCAAUUCAAGGAUGUCGUCGAGGAUUACAGCUUCGGUACAUUGUUGCGCGCCGACUGUAGCAAAGAUUACUCCCAGGAGAACAGUAUUCUGACCUCUAGGAUACAGUUCUACGCCAUUGAACUGGCCAGAAACAGAGAGGGUUUCAAUGACCAGAUCAGGCAAAAGUUCAAGCCAAAGAAGCUUGAAAAAGCUAAGCCAUAAGACUUGUGUAUAUGAAACGUACUAAUUCGACUUGAUAUAUUUGAUACUAUAAUAAUCGUACUGCCUUGUAUACUUUUGAAUAAACGAUUCGUAACGAGAGAUUUCUUAAAAAAAAAA